GUAGAUAGUUUUAUCGUCAUACUUACAAAUAAUGACCGAGUAAUUUUUUGCAAUAUAACAAACAAAAAAAAUUCGUUCUAUCAAAUGAAAGCAAUUGCAGUUGUACAAUAAAUUCCAUUCAAAUCACACGUAUAGUUUUUUAAAAUAUUUCUCUACUUACAUUUCGUUCAGUAAACUUAUACCUAUUUGUGGUAAAAACCAGUUAAUUCAAAACAAAUAUUUGCACUUAGUCAAUGCGAACUUAAACUUAUAAAGGCUGUUGGUGAUUAACUUAGACAUGAUACGGGCUUAAGUGACGAACAUAGUUUAUUCUCAAGAUGAUACCAGACGAAACCUGUGCUGUACUUCUCAAUCGAUAUGAUCCCGAACUCCUCAACACAUUCAAGGCAGAGAUGUCUUACGGAUUCCAGAGAUUUUUCUUCUUAUCCUACUGCCUGGCGUGCUGCUGGCCAGGACUCGGCGCCAAAAGCAACCUAAGGGUGAUCAGGCAAUGGGCUGAGUUGGAAUUCGCCUUCCCUGAUGAAGAAACCAAGCAGGUUGCUUUGACCAAACGGCAUUACGUGCCGGGGAACUCCGUGCCUAUUGACGUAGAUGUUCAGCAUAGACAAGGCAUUUUACCGUCACGAAUAUUCAUAACGAUACCUCGCUUCGACGAAGGUCGGCCCGUGACUCUGGGCACAGUGGAUGAGAUGGGCUAUAUCUCUGGAUACCCUCACUACUCCUGGCACGAAAAUCAAGGCCAGAACUGCGAAGGAAUAACUUCAGUAUUUAGGACUGCGAUAGAUGAAUGCAACAGACUUUGGGUGAUGGACACAGGCAAGAUUGGCGACACGCAACAC